UGAUAAUUUAGUCCAUGAAACUGCUAAUCAUCAUGGUUAAAUAAAGAAGCCAUCUCUUUUCGGGUUUCUUGUUCGAGUCCAAAAGCUAGACAUGGAAGUAGUAUAAAAAUGAAGAUAAACAUAACACAGCAAGAACACACAAAGGGUCACGAGGUCUAAGCUCUAUGUGACAAGCAAACGCAAUAAACCCACCACCCCAACAACGCUAUUCCUUCGUUGUCUCCUACCUCGAAGAUUCCUUCCUUUUUCCUCCUUUCCUCUUACUAUAAGAACCAUGAUAACCUCCCUGUUCAAUUAAGACCCUUUCUUCACAAUCUCUGAAAAAUCCCGCCCAAUAAAAUGGCUGAGAGCUCCAGUCACAGCCACCUCAUCUACCUUCACGGUGACCUGGACUUGCUCAUAGUUGAAGCCAGAUCUUUACCCAACAUGGAUGUAAUCUCCAAGAACUUCCGCCAGUGCUUCAAUGUUUGCAUCCCUUCUUCCGCCACCACCACCAAAUCCAUCGACCGCCAUGACCGCGACCACCGCCACCGCCAUGAUGCCGACAAGAAAAUCCACCACCGUCACAUUAUCACCAGUGAUGCAUACGUGACAGUGACAGUCCCUCAGGUGACACUCGCCCGCACCCGCGUGUUGAAAAAUGCCGCAACCCCCGUUUGGGAGCAAAGGUUCAAUAUCCCUUUGGCACAUCCUGUUAAAGAUAUUGAAUUUCACGUCAAAGAUAAUGAUUUGUUCGGUGCAGAGUUGAUCGGGACCGUGAAGAUACCUGCAUCAACAGUGUUGUCGGGGGAGUUUAUUCAGGGAUGGUUUCCAAUAAUUGCUGCAUCGGGGAAACCACCAAAGCCCGACACAGCUCUUUAUCUGGAAUUGAAAUUCACACCUUUUGAGAAAAACCCUUUAUACCAGAAUGGGUUUGGAGGUGAUCCUGGAGUAAAUGGGGUGAGGGGUACAUAUUUCCCGGUCCGAAAAGGCGGUCAUGUGACACUCUAUCAAGAUGCUCAUGUGAAGGAUCAUGACUUGCCUGAGAUUGAGAUUGAUGGAGGGAAGGUUUUUAAGCAAGAGAGGUGCUGGGAGGAUAUUUGUUAUGCCAUAUCCGAAGCUCAUCAUAUGAUUUAUAUUGUUGGCUGGUCUGUCUUUUAUAAGAUUAAGUUGGUUAGAGAACCAACUAGGCCAUUGCCAAGAGGUGGAAAUUUGACACUUGGGGAGCUGCUGAAGUAUAAGAGCGAGGAAGGUGUGAGAGUCUUGUUGUUGGUUUGGGAUGAUAGGACUUCUCAUGAUAAAUUUGGGAUUAAAACAGCAGGAGUUAUGGCAACACAUGAUGAAGAAACCAGAAGAUUCUUCAAGCAUUCAUCUGUUACUUGUGUGUUGGCACCUCGAUAUGCCAGCAGUAAGCUCAGUUUUCUCAAGCAACAGAUUGUUGGAACCAUGUUUACGCACCAUCAGAAAUGUGUUCUGGUGGACACCCAAGCAUCCGGUAAUAACAGGAAGAUCACUGCAUUUAUAGGAGGCAUUGAUCUCUGCGAUGGACGGUAUGAUACUCCUGAACAUAGACUGUUUCAUGAUCUCAACACUGUCUUUCAGGAUGAUUUCCACAAUCCAACAUUUCCUGCUGUAACCAAAGCACCAAGGCAGCCCUGGCAUGACCUGCAUUGUAAAAUUGAUGGGCCAGCUGCAUAUGAUGCUCUUAUAAACUUUGAGCAGCGUUGGAGGAAAGCAACAAAGUGGACAGAGUUGGGACUGCGUUUCAAAAGAAAAUCUCACUGGAGCGAUGAUUCAUUGAUAAAGAUAGAACGGAUUUCGUGGAUACUAAGUCCUCACCUUUCUGAAACAAAGGAUGGAACCACAAUAGUUCCACCUGAUGAUCCCACAGUAUAUGUUUCCAGUGAAGAAGGCCCUGAGAAUUGGCAUGUCCAGAUUUUUAGGUCCAUUGACUCUGGAUCACUGAAAGGAUUUCCCAAAACUAUUAAUGAGUGUCAGGAUCAGAACCUAGUCGUUGCAAAAGAUCUGGUUGUAGAUAAAAGCAUUCAAACAGCAUACAUACAAGCCAUCAGAUCUGCUCAGCAUUUCAUAUAUAUUGAAAAUCAGUAUUUUCUUGGAUCCUCGUAUGCAUGGCCAUCAUACAAGGAUGCAGGAGCUGAUAAUCUAAUUCCAAUGGAGUUGGCAUUGAAGAUUGUUAGUAAAAUUAGAGCCAAAGAGAGAUUUGCAGUAUAUGUUGUUAUUCCAUUGUGGCCAGAGGGUGAUCCAAAGACCAACACUGUGCAAGAAAUUCUCUUUUGGCAGAGCCAGACAAUGCAAGCAAUGUAUGAAAAAAUUGCACAGGAACUUAAAUCAAUGGAUCUUGUAGAUUCACAUCCUCAAGACUACCUCAAUUUCUAUUGCAUUGGUAAACGAGAAGAAAUUCCCGAAGAAUUGUCGAGUGCUAAUGGUGGAACGGUCUCCGAAUCUUUUAAAUCUCAGCGAUUCAUGAUUUAUGUCCAUGCAAAGGGAAUGGUAGUGGACGAUGAGUAUGUGAUAAUGGGAUCUGCAAAUAUUAACCAGAGAUCCAUGGCCGGGUCAAAAGACACUGAGAUAGCUAUGGGCUCAUAUCAACCCCGGCACACAUGGGCUGCAAGGAAGAAGCAUCCACGUGGACAGAUUUAUGGAUAUAGAAUGUCACUAUGGGUGGAACAUCUUGGUGAGAUAGAUAAACUGUUCAUGGAGCCCGAGGAUUUGCAUUGUGUGAAGAAAGUAAAUAAAAUUGCCGAGGACAACUGGAGGAAAUUCACCGAUCCGAAUUUCAAACUGUUGCAAGGACAUCUUCUCAAGUAUCCUUUGCUGGUAGAUGCUGAUGGGAAGGUGUGUCCACUUCCUGGACAUGAGAAUUUCCCGGAUGUUGGUGGCAAGGUGCUUGGAGCUCAUUCCACCACACUUCCCGAUGUGUUAACAACAUAAUCCCCUUCCCAUCUCGUGUUCAUGCAACACUGAUGAGGAAAAUGGGCAGCAUGUUUCUGGGUUUCUCAAUGUGGAGCUUUAUGUUUUGUAUGUUUUCCUUUUACUUCAUGUCGGGGAAGCUCUAAGUAUGUCAUUGUGGAAAGCGAGACAAGGAUGAGACGCUGUGAAUACUGGCUGAUACGAAUGGUUUCUAGGCUGUCCUCGAUGGGAGAAGGCUAACGAAACAAGCUACAUAGCAAGUCCGUACAUGCCUGGUUCCUGUGUAACAUUUAAAAAAUGGAGUGCUAAUCACAUUUCCUGUUCACCUUCUAUUUGUGUUGCAAGUUUAUGAAUGAUGUGGCUGGAUGUCAAUACCAGGCAAGCAGGCAGGUGUUACUGUUCUUUUGCCUUCUGCAAUCAUCCGGCCGUUCAAAAUUGCAUUUGAUUGUGCUCCUGGGAUUUUAUCUCUAAAUAAUUUGUUUUUACGCCUUGUUUAUACUAUUUAUUAUUAAAUUAAAUUUUUAAAAAGGGGGAAAUUACUAUA